GGAUGGGCACGUCACAGGCAGUGUCAUGAGGUUCCUGUGCAACCUCAAAACUUUUCCCCCAGCAGAUGCAAAGCAAUGUGAUAAAACUUGAACCAGAGUCUCACUUUUAGUAAUACACCAUCCAUCUAUCUCUCUGUACAAAAAUUGGAAAAUGAUCAGAGGAAUGCAGCACUCAAGAAAUUGCUAAGAUAUUGGGGUGUGAUCACAGAACCAUCAAAAAUUUUGUUGCAAAUAGUACAGUUCAUUGUUCAGAGAUAUGGCCAAGGUUUUUUGGACUGAUGAGAUGAGAGUGACUUUUGAUGGAUCCAGAUGGAUGGGCCGGAUCAGUAGCAGGCACAUAGCUAAACUUCGACUCAGAUGCCAGCCAGGUGGAGAUUUAAAGCAGAAUGACAUCCCGUUCUUCACCCUUGUCCCAUGACCGGAGCAGACCUGAGGAGGAAAAUGAUCUGGUAGAUCGGUUGAUCUCUAGGACAGGCUGUUCUACACUACAUUAUGCAAUUCAGGAGUGCAUGGCAGAGCAUGAAGACUGGAGGAAAUGCAAGACACAGGUUCAGGAGUUUAAAGACUGCAUGAUGCCUUUCCAGAAAGCUCGGAUGGAGCAGCUGGUAAAAUCUAAAGAUCCAGCCACAGAGAAUGUUGGAUGAAAAGGUUCCUUUUAAACCCACAUCUUUAAAAGAAGACACAGUUUUGUGAUUUUGGGUUGAUUUGUUCACAAAUAAAAUUACACUGGAACACAGAUUGAAAGUAAUAACACCAAAUAUCUUAGCAACAUUGUGUUUUUUCUUGAGGAUUGUCCUCUGAAAUAAAGUAGUAUCUUCACAUAACAAACGUUAAUAGAUUAGCUGCAAAUUGUCACAUAUGACAUUUCUUAAUGAAUACAGGAUUUGAAUAAGUUGUAUAUAAAUGCACUGCUGAACCUAUAAAACAUUUCUCCCUA